GCACAUGUCGAAGCUUCAUGAGGAGUUUCAGUCGAGAGGAAAACAUCCAGGGCAGCAGCUGCAUCUGAUUGGCUUAUGAACCUUUACAGGCCACCAAUCAGACACCAUUCUCGCUGUGUGACUGCGUGUUUCCCUCUCCUUCUCUGUACACUGUCAGCCUGCGCAUAUUUUUAUGUUUGCAGAUCUGAAUGCAUUCAUGAGUGUGUGUGUGUGUAUGUGUGUGUGUAGGAUGCUAAAACCAAGAGCUGUGAAAGAGGGGGAGGGGCGAGGAUAGAGACCCUGAAGAAAUAGAUGAAAAAAGAAAGACAGGCAAGAAGAAGGAGAGGACAGAUCUUGAGGAGAGAGUGAUGGUGAAGGCACGCUGAGGAGAGAUAGACGUAGAGAGUGAGGAGGAGGAGGAGGAGGAGGAGGAAGCAGCAGCAUCGUUGAUUUUCACAGGAACCAAGGCAGCUCUGUUGCCGUGACGAUGGGCUGCUGGCUCUCUGGACCGUGGAUGGGUGACCAAACGGUGAGUGGGCGGAGUCUUGCGAACCUGAGCCAGCGGGAUGCUCUGCGGAUCCUGGCGGCCAGUCAGCGUCCAAUUACAAUGCAGAUCAAGGGUCAGAGGGGGUGUGGCACUGAGGCAGACCGGGGAAUCUGGGAGCCCCUCCCUCUCAACCUGCAGCACCUCAACCUGCCCCUCCCAUUAAUGGGGGCGGGACUUAACGCCUCCAGCCCCUCCUACCAGGACAGACAUUAUUACAGCCACCUGUCUCUGCCACAAGAUCACUGUGAAGGAGGACGAUACGGCUACCUGUCCAGCUCCCCACGGGACACUGUGGACAUUAGCCACCAGGAUCCAGAACUGACUGGUCGUGGACAAAAGGGACAGAACUGCCUAAUGAGAUGUUGCAAUACAAACUUAGAAGAACAUAAUGGCUGCCACAGUCAGACAGAUGACGAGGACUUCAUGCUGGAGAAGCCGCUCGGCUUCAUGCCCCUCCACCAUGAGCUGGACAGCGGAUUGGGCUGGACUGACGGCUCCCUCCACCAGGGCGACCUCUCGGGGCUGGAGACUGAGGAAGGAGGCCUGGAGGACUGUCAUUCACAUGGGGCCCUUGCCCAGGGGGGUUGUGGUGGCUUCGGAGGAGGUGGCUCUCCUUCCUCUGAGUCUUUUAUUUCCUCGGAGCUCAGCGACUCGGGCUUCUACAGCGUGAGCACCGGGGAGUUCAGGCACUUCCAGAGGAUGCUGGAGAAGCGAAUGCGGAUGUACAACGCCAGGCUGCAACAUCAGGGCGAACCGUGCGAGAGGCGGGAGCGGCGUGACAGCUGCCCCAAGAGCCACCGUGAGCUUCUGGAGGCCAUCCCUGAGGCGCUGACCAUGCAGCCUCAGUGUCAGCACCUGCAGCUCGAGAUAGAAGAUGGCACUGGGCCAAUCAUGGAUCUCCCACCCUGUGGGCUUUUCAGAGUUUCAUCCGUCCAGUUCCAUAAAGCUGACCGGCCCUGUCUGAACCGUCACAGCUCCAGCAGUGGAGCCCUCUUCAACCCCUCCCAUGCCCAUGCAGCAGUCUCACGAAUGACUGCCCCGGCCCUCUCCACCUGCAGCACCCCCUCCAGCCACCGGAGAUCACUGGUACCCAUGCAACAGACCCACCAGGGCUCCAGUUCAGUGGGGAUGCUGAGGAGAAGCCGUACUCUGCACCAUCGCCCUCCUCCGCAGGAAUACCGCCGGCGAGCAAGCCACCCAGCUUCCCCCUCCUACUGUGCAGAAACCCUGUACCACUGUGGAGGUGUCCAGCCACAUAAUGUCCUGCCAUCGGGUCUGCCAGAAGAAGGUGAGCUAGUGCCUGGUGUGUUGGCAUCUCACCCAGCAGGCUUGGCUCUCUCACCACAACAACACCCCACCGCUUUGGGGCAUGUUAGGGGUGCCAGCACCCAUGAGCGAUGCUACAGUAACAACCCUAACGCCCAGAUCGCUCACCAUGACUGGUGGCACUCGCAAGAAAGAAGCCUGAUGCCCGAGCAACUGGUGACAGAAAGGGACAGAGAGAUUGAGAGGGAACUGGAACAAAAAAAGCAAAUGCAAGAGAAAAAGCUAGAAAGGGAGGCACAGAUUCAAGAGGAAAUGGACAGAGAGCGGCAGCAAGAGAUGGUGAGAAGCCGAGCCAGAGAGCAGCAGCACCUCCAGAGUCUGGUCCAACCUCCUCAGGCUGGAGAUGUCAACGACACCUGGCCGAAACCAGCAAUCCGUCAGUCCCAGAUUGGUGGGGGAGGCAGAGGUCUCUACAGCACCCUGGAGGGCCACACAGGGGCUUGCUCUGUUGCUGGGUGGGAUGCAAAGAAAGGACAAAUGAAUGCAUGUUCAAAUCCUAAUCCUAGUUCUGGUUUGCAGCCAAAACUUAAUCCAAGCUCCAAACCCAACCCAACCUCACGGAUCUCCAGGAACCAGCUCCUGAGAGACCGGGCGUCCCAGCUGGCCGACGAACGCAGUGGGAUGAGCACAGAUGAGGAGACCAAUACCGACAUGCUGAUGGGCCGGUACUGGAGUCGAAUGGAGAGAAGGGAACACUUUCUGCUGGCCCGUGAGCAGAGGCAGCAGCAGCUGCAGGCCAGAGGAGGGACAAUACGAGACGCCAUCAUCAGGGGAGGAGCCAUCACCGGGGGAGGAGGAGCCUCUGCUGGAGAUGAAGGUGUGCUGGACAGCAGAGGAGGCGGAGCUUUUGCAGAAGGGAGGUGCAACACGUUCCUGGAGCUGAGUCAGAGGAAGCUGAGUCGUCUGAGAAACAGGAAGCUCUUGGAUGAUUGGACGACAGUAGAGGAACUGCUGACUCAUGGGACAAGGCUGAACAACCAUGAGGAUACGCUGUGUACCAGCUCCCUGCUGACGGUCACCACCGUCUAACUGCAUGGGCACCACGUCUAACUGUAACUCUGUGUGAGUGUGUGUGAUGUUAAGCUAACAAUACGAUAUUUUAGUAAAUUCUCUUGUUUUCUUUUCCAAAGUCAGAUGAGAAGAUGGAUAUUAGUUUUGUCUUUUUUAUCCAGUGCAGGGAGAGGUCAAGGAUGUGUUUGGCUUGGUUAAAAACAAAGACUGGAAGGGGUCUGUCUUUAGUUAUCCACUUACAAAGAACAGGGUCCUCAUCUCUGUACUUGAAGCACAAAAAAGAAACGGAUAUCCAUCUUCUCAUGGGACUUUGGGAACGACAGAGAACUAGAAGACGAAAUGUCAGACUGUUCCUUUAACAAAUGUGUGAGAGAGAGGGAACUUCACUGUCAUCACUGUACAUCACCUCAACUGAUAGCUUUAUGUGUGGCUGUGUCACCACUGUACAGCACUCCGCUUGUAAAGACAAACAACUGAAAAAGGUCAGAUGAGCGUGUAUGUUUGCGUCACGUUUCCUACUACAUCUUGUACUACAUUUAUUUUAAAAAAUCUUUGACAAAAUUACAAUUGGGGUUCAGACUCAAAUCCUCAAACAGUCCAUGACUUGUCGGGGAGCAAUACAGUUCUGCCCGAUGUACCUGGCUGUGCAUUAACGCUACAUCACAAACGACUACUUUUACAUCAGGGUCACAGAACACAUCAACUGUAGCAAUGCAGACAAUGACAUCUGAGAUUUGAUACCAAAUCCUGAAUGGUUUUUAUAGAAACUCUGUUUACAAUUAGAAUAUCAGUCGAUGGGAGCUUUUGUAACUAAAAUGAAAAAAAUAACGUGACCUGAUUUACUUGGUUGUGAAACACUAGUGAAGCAGUGUUGAUCAGGGAUGGGGAACAAUGUGCCACAAAGGUUUGCAGAGGAUUUCGACCACGGCUUUAAUCUGUAAUAUCAGCUACUGUUGUGUUUCGGUCAGAGUUUAUUCCCAUUUAGACCGUUCUUACAUGCACCUAAGUUAGAAAACAUGCCGACCUCUGAGUUGGAAGUAUCAGCUACAAUAUGUCCGACUCUUUGAAAAGAACUAAAGAAGUAAUCAGUGGUAAAACCGUUUGAAAGUCCCCACCAUUUGCAAAUGCUUUGAUAUAAAAUCCACUAUUAAAACCAAUACAAUUGAUUCAGCAGACCGUCCUCAUGUCCUCAUGCCCGUCCUCAUCAAGGACUGGUAAUCUGCCUAAUGUGUCAUUUAGGUAUGAGAAAGAGUUAGAUUCGGAUAAGGAAAAGGAGCUCAUAGAAAUUGUGUUACGGACACAGUCUGAUGGGUUUGUAAAAACGCAGUUAUUUGCCAUGACGACUGAAGUUUUUUUCGCUGUGUGACCAUGACCAACACAGAAACCACACAAUUAAAACAAUACAUCUAGCUGAGUGAAUGGGCAUGUGUACCAUAUAUUAUACCCCCAACCCGUCAGACACGGCCUACCAAGAGCCUGGGUCUGUCCCAGGUUUCUCCCUAACAGGAGGUUUUCCUUGCCACUGUUGCUUGCUCUGAAGGGAACUACAAGAACUGUUGGGUCCUUGCAAAUCAUAGAGUGGUCUAGACCUACUCUAUCUGUAAAGAGUCUCGAGAUAACUCUUGUUAUGAAUUGAUACUAUAAAUAAAAUUGAAUUGAAUCGACACCCUGGGGGGAAAAAAGCACUAAAAUUGUGUAAAGUCAUAAUAACAGUUUUUUUUCUCUCUCCCAUUGUUACUUGUCUGCUGACACAGCGUGAUUGCAGCAUAAGAUUUUUGGCUCAUGGCUCCCUAUUCCUGCUGGUGUAUUUACUGUUGGCAGGAUGUUUACAGAUCUACCUACCCAGGUAAAAGCUUAUGCAUGUUUACUGAACUCUGUUGACUGUGUGGAGACAAUUUCAAAGAAAAGAAGAUACACCUCAAGUCAACUUUACGUUAGGUUGUCCAGACUGCUGCGGCAUCACUCUGCACGGUCAGGACUGACAGAGCUCAAGUCACCGUUGACAUUCCAUUAAAAACAGGUGUAAGUAAAUCUGAAAUCUACUGAUUCCAGGUCUGCAGUUCGGGAAAAUGUGCAAUAAUACCUCAAGCUAGUUUUAAUAUGACAAUGAGAGUGUUGUGUGCGCUUUCUGUCAAGUGUCCAUCAAAUGCAGUAACUCGUUUUAAAUCAAACCGAUGCACAAAUGUGACGAGUCACCGCAAGCGCACAGUAAUCCUAGAAUCUAAAAUGGGAAGAGCAAAGGUUAUGUAGAUAUUGACAUUAUUUCUGUACAUUGUUUUCCAUCAGAGGGACCUAAGAAAACAACUUUUUGCACAUCGUUUUUUAUACGAAAUGUUUUCCCUACCUUUCUGUACCAGGGGCCAAGGCCAGUGAAAAGAUGUAGAUAGAACGACAGUGUGUGUUGAUGUUUUCUUUUUAAACUAUCAUAGUGAUAUAUGGAGAGGAAAAAAAAUAAGUUUCUUGUCAUUGUGUUGGACAUAUUUCAAUAUUUUUCUUGUGGUGGUAACAAAACCAAUGUGAACAGUUUUUAUGAUCUUUAAAAUCUACUUCAUUUACUUAAAAGCUGGUAAAUCUUUGAUUUGCCAUUUUUAAAGAGUGAACACCAAAUGUGAAUAUUAUUGUCUCUUUAAAUGCUAAAUUGAAUUUUACUGUUGUUUUGUGUCAUUAUGACAUGUACAUAUUGAUUUUGUCGGAAGGUGCAGACGAGGUUGGAGUCAGUAAAAUAGGACAUGCUGAUGCCAUCAGAAGCCUCCAGUGGUUUAUCAUGUGAUUCUGUAGGUUUAUAGCUGUGUUUUAGAGGCUAUAUACGGCAAAAAGAUUCAACAUUGUAGUAUUAGUACUUUUACCCUCACAAUAUUUUCAAAAUUCAUUGAAAGUGGUUGAGUUCGUUCUGAAUGUUACAUGUGGCAUCCAUAAAUUAUGAGUAGGAUCACUGACGCAAAUGCUCAGAGGAACAACAACAUCUUAGAUACAUCUUGUUCUUUGUUUUCUACAGAGUUAGAUAUUUUGGAUGGAUUUCAUCUCUGUAUGUCCAGUAAAAGGAUGGCUCCAGAAUGAAUUUAGCCUAGCACAAAACCCAAAAAGAGUCAUUUGAUCUGAUGACGGCGCUAGAUAAAAUAUAAGUGCAUCCUGAAAAUGUUUGCAAUUAAUCUUGAGAAGGCCAUGGAAAUACAAUGAAAAGUUAUUGAAAUAUUUCAGUCUGGACCAGUGAUGGUGGAUCUAGAACCAUGCCUCUAUAGGGUGACAAAAAACAACUUUCUAACAACUCAAAAGCUGU